AUGAGUUAUUCAGAUGACAAUGACAUUGACGAACCAACAAGAAACGCUUAUGAAUCAGCUUCAGCCGAAGACAAGGAAAUGCUUCGUGAGAAUUGGGAGCAGCAUAAAAAACGAGAAGCAGAAGCAGAUGCCGAGAAGACAAAAGACAAAAUUCGAGCGAAGACCGAUGACCAAUACCAUGCCGUUACAUUCGAUCUUGAAGCUGUCUUAACCACACCACAUGCUGGUGAUGCCCAAAUUUAUUAUAAACAAAAACUUGCGGUAUACAACUUCACUAUCUAUGAUGCUGCUACAGCAUGGUCAGUGCUACCUUUGGAUGAAACUGAGGGUGGUAGAGGGGCGAACGAGAUAGCGACAAAUGUGCUUCAUUACCUCAGAAAUUUACCAACUUCCGUCCAUCACUUUUCAAGCUUUUCAGACACUUGUGGAGGCCAAAAUAGAAAUCAAUUCAUGGCUGGUGCUAUGCUAUACGCCGUCCAAUCAUUGACAAAUCUGGAAACUAUAGAUCUGAAGUACAUGGAAUCUGGGCACAGUUGCUUAGAAGUAGAUUCCAUGCAUGCCACAAUUGAUGUUUCUCGCAAACACCAGAAAGUUUACACGACGCGCGAAUGGGAAAUUCUCAUAAAGGGGGCGAGAAAAAGGCCUGGCCCGUAUGACGUCAAAAUCAUGCAUCACAAGGAUUUCCUGAAUAUCAAGGAAGUAACAGGGAUGAUUAUUUAA